GAUGGCACACGCUUGUCCGCUGCAAGCCAAUGCUGUGGCCCUGAAAUCCACCACACUAGCACAACAUGAGCACCACCAUUGUGAGAGGAGGCUGUGUUGGAUUGACUGGCUAAAUUAAAUGGUUGCAAGGCUUGGCUCCGGCAAAAUUGUUCAUUAAGAAGAGCCGGGAUGAAAGCGAAUGGGAACCGGCAGCGGUGGUUGUGCAUGUGUAUCUUGUGAGGGAGGCAUUCUGGAACUUCUGUACAGUAUCAGCAUGCCGGUCAGCAGACAGAACCAGGCCCUUGAUUGGGUGCAUGUAUACGCAACAAACGCCACAAUGCGCAGGUGGCCUGAGAGGUUUCGCGGGCCCUCGCCGGAAAUACCCUCUUUAGCACUUCCCCAUAACGGAUCGUGGGGGUUCAGUGGAAACCUCUGCUUCGAUAUCCCUCCGGUCCAAGCUCAAUAUGACGCAUACCGGCUGGUCCUGGUGAUCGUGCUGGGGCGGGCUGGUGGUUCUCGAUGCAGCAUGCUUUGCUUCAGAGCUGUUGCGUUCCCGCGGUGCAGAUCCAUUGAUGAUGAGUAUUACAUGGGGGGACCAGGGGCAUUGGCUAAAAACAUCGCUAAGGACAAAUCCGCGGUCGAAUCCAGGCUGUUCUAUCCAGGAAAGUGGCUUAAACGAAGAAAGACACCCGGGGUGUUGAAAAGAGCCAGAGAGUUGGGUGGCCGAUCAUGUUGAUAACAGUACGUCAUGGCCGUCUGUCCGCCACAGAGGGUUUGGAGAUGAUGAAGUCGAUUCACGAGCGAAGGGUACCUCCUCUGCCCGAAUCCAAUCGUCCGUCUUGGGGCAUUCCUUUCAGACCGGAUUCUUACCGGUGAAGGGGGCC